AAAAAGUCUCAAUCACUCUUGGUAAGUUUGAAACAUCUGGAAAAAGAUUUUUUCAUUUUUUUUUCCUUAAUUUUUUUUUGUUCCUUGUUGCUCUUUCUACCAAGUUUAUUGUCUGUUUGUUUAUUGUUGUUCCAGCUCUAUGAUUCUUGGUUAAGCAAUUUUUCUUUCUAUAUUUUUUGUCUUGUUUACCUUCAGGUUUCUAGAGACAAAAUUUGUUCUUUUUUGGCUUUGUAGAACAAUAUAUUGAUUGCUGUCGUCAAUGGAUCUAUCAGAUUGUUUGAAAAACAUAAAAAGAUUUUAGCUGAGCUUGUGAUUUGGGUAAGGCAAAAAAUUUGCAUCAAUGCAGUCCAAAAUCAGCGCCUUUUUCAAAACCUCUUCUUCUUCUUUGAUUGAAUCCCCAAACCCACCUCCGAUUACUGAAGAAAAUGGCGAAUUAGACAUCUGGGAGACGAAAGAACACCAGUUUUUCAACGCAUACACUCGAAGAGCUCGCGACCCAAACAGUGGGGAAAGGGAAAAAGCCAAAGACAGCCAACGGCUGGAAAAAACCGUUUCCGGUAGUAUCACUUCGAAGUCUGAAUCGUUUACACCAAAGAAAACAAUGGUGAAAAACAAGAAGAGAAGUUAUGCCCAGUACCAUUUAGAUUUGGGUCAGUCUGAUUUUAACUUUCAUAGUUGUUUCACAUGUGGUUUUAAGUAUUCUCCUGGGGAUGAAAGUGAUGAGAAGACUCAUAAGGAAUUUCAUAAGAACUAUACCCAUGGAAUUCAGUUUAAGGGUUGGUCUAGUGAAAGGGUUAUUCAGAUGCCUACCAUUGAAGGUGGUCGGAUUGUUAUGGUGUUGGAUAGUGAUUCUACUGCCCAAAAGAAGAAGGUUGUGGAAGCUAUGAAUAUGAUGGAGAUUGAGCUUGGAAGUGGAUUUAUUUUCCCUAAGUUUUGUAAGGUCUUACUGUUCAUUCUAUCCAGUAGGGUAGCUGGAUGCCUAAUUGCCGAACCAAUAGAGAAGGCAUUCAAAGUCAUCUCAAAUUCAGCAGACAAUGAUGCUAUUAACACAAAAGAACAAGGAACCAAACCAACCAUCCUUCAAUUUGGGGACAUUAGUUUUCAGAGGGAGACAGUGAAAAGAUCUCAUUCUGCUAGUAAUACUAACAUGUUGGACGGAGACCUUGGUAACGCAGUUGUUUGCGAGGAGGUAGCAGUGCCUGCUGUCUGUGGCAUUAGAGCAAUUUGGGUGUCUCCUGUCAACAGAAGAAAACGAAUAGCCACCCAGUUGCUGGAUGCAGUGAGGAAAAGCUUUUGCACUGGAUUUGUUCUUGAACGGUCUCAGCUAGCAUUUUCUCCACUCACUUGGAGUGGAAAGGCAUUGGCAUCAAGCUACAUUGGCAAACGAUCUUUUCUGGUUUACAAACCCAAUAUUUUAAACUCGGUUGAGUCAACAUAAGGUGGAUGCCAAUGUUCAUUCACUUUACUGAUUAAUUUUUUUUUUUAAAAUUCGGGGUUAAUUAUCCAAUUAGACAACCUCUACAAAUUAUACAAUCAUUUUUAUUAAUAUUAGGUCUCACAAAAAUUGAUUAAAAAAAUACUGGAUUACUUUGCUU